AUGUCUGCGGACGUGCCCCUGGUGGACAAAGAGGCCUUUUAUUCCCAGCUUGGCUGGCUUGAUGCGACAUCAGGCAGCGAAGAUGAAGCAUCUCGAGAGGAUCGCAAAUUGCGUGAUAGAAACCGAAAGUUCUUCCAACAGGCACUCCCCAAGGACAAGACCACCAGCACCAGCGGCCGUAAGCCAACCACGGACCCAAUCUCGACAGCCGACGAGAGCCAGACAAGAGUCUCAAGGCGGUCCAACACCGCACCGACGCCGCACUCUGCUCGCUCCACCGGUACCGUCAUCAAGGCUACGCCUGGUGGUUUAGACAGCAGCAAGCAAGCCAACAGGCAGCACCUCACAGUCAGCACUUCGUUCGUCGAAGAUACACCCCGCCAGGAGCCUCGUUCAUCAGCCGUCGCUAAGCUGAGGCGAAGCGCGACAAACCCGUCAUCUCUAUCAUCAAACGCUUUAUCCUUUCAGCCCGUUCCAGGCUCUACUAUGGGUUCCCGCAAGCGUAAGCAUGAAGCGGGGAUCCCUCUGAGUGAUCAGAUCCUCAGAGGGUUGCGAUUCUUCUACAUUCCAGGAGAUCGAAAAAACCCCGUACGGAGACAUCGUAUGGAUCUCGCCGGGAAGUACGGUGCGGUAGUCACCUCAGUACUCACAGACGCCACACAUGUCAUUGUUGAUGACAACCUAACCUUCGAUCACAUCAAGGACAGGGUGGCUUCCAUCAUGGAUCAAGACCAGCCCUUGAUAGUUCGAGAACACUGGCCACUCCACAGUAUUGAAGAGAAACGGCUCCUCCCGACAACAUCAUCGUGGUAUCGCGUCGUCCCACCCCCGAAGACCACAGACUUGUCCAUCCCCGCGGCACCUACUACUGAAGAACCUGCCAAAGAGUCAUUGGAGGUCAAGGCCGCCCGCAAUGAUCCCAACAGACAGGAUCAUGAUCCACAUCGUACCCCUUCGCAAAGUGAGAAUUCCUCAGCACCGCAGUACGGGAGCCACUCUGAGAUCGGAAUGGGGACGAACGCGGCACAUGUUACUAUUCCAUCCUCACAGCCCUCUUCUGGGGAUGGAGCGUCUCGUGCUUGCCCCAAGAGCAACCAUCCAGCUGGCCACGACUAUGGAGACGCUCUAUCACGACUGAUUGAGGAUGUGCAGAAGAACUACAAGGACCUUCCCUCAAUCGAAGGCGACGAUGACAAGGAGUCAGACGACAAGAACUGCGAUGACACCUCGGAGAGUGAGUCAGAAGGAAAGAAACCAGCAAAACGCCCCAAGAAGUCGAAGGCAUCAAAGCCCAGAGUUGAAGACAACUUUGUUUGUAGCAGAGGUGGUACGGUUGACAAGUCCGGGGGGCCAAAUGCCAGGACAAUCGCGGUCUUGCAGCAAAUGCUCGACUAUUACAUCAAUACGAACGACCAUUUCCGUGUUAUAGCUUAUCGCAGAGGCAUCAAUACCCUGUCCAGGCAACCCGAGAAAGUAACCACUGCCGAAGAAGCAAUCCUGCUUCCUUUCAUCGGGGAAAGACUCAGCAGUAAGAUCGAGGAGAUUGUCAACACCGACCGCCUUCAACGCCUGGAGCACGCACAAAAUGACCCAACGAGCAAGGUCUUCCAGCUCUUCCUGUGCAUCUAUGGCGUCGGCCCCUCUAUAGCUAAUCAGUGGAUUGCGCAGGGCUUCCGGACCCUCAACGACUUGCGGCGACAUGUCCCGCUCACCCCGAAUCAGCGAAUUGGCAUCGAGCACUGCCAGGACCUCAACACGCGCAUCCCCCGUGCCGAGGUCAAGGAACUCGGCGACUACGUCAAGGACGAAGCGGCCCGGAUCGACAAGGACGUCGAGCUCCUCAUCGGCGGCAGCUAUCGCAGGGGGGCGGACACCAGCGGGGACAUCGACUUCAUAAUCACCAAGGCGGGCACCAAGUCGAGCGAGGAGCUCACUCCGUUCCUGGAUCUGCUGGUAUUCAAUCUGACGAAGAAGGGCUUCCUCACGGCCGAGCUGGCCUCGCACAACUCACGAGGCUCCAGCCGUCAGAAGAACGGGGAUGGUUCCAAGUGGCAUGGCUGUUGUGUUCUCCCACGCGUCGCCGGCUCGGAGGGCGACAAUGAUGGGCACAGGCCGUGGAGACGUAUUGAUCUCCUGCUAGUUCCUGAGACCGAGUAUGGUGCCGCAUUGAUCUACUUCACGGGCAAUGACAUCUUCAACCGAAGCAUGAGGCUGCUGGCGUCGAAGAAGAAGAUGAGGCUGAACCAGCGCGGACUUUACAAGGACGUGAUGAGGGGCAUCAAGAGGGAGAAGCUGACCGAGGGAGAGCUCGUCGAAGGCAAGAGUGAGAAGAGGAUCUUUGAAAUCCUCGGCGUCAAGUGGAGAGGGCCGCACGAACGGUGGUUCAUCAACAUCAUGGCGUCUGGAGAAAAGAUGGACAUCGAGAAGGCUGAGCUGCAGCUCAAGGAAAUGGCCCAUUCUGAGCAGCACUACUUCAACAGUUACAACCACCAUGGCAUUCACGAGGAGAUGCUGAAAGAUGAAGUGCGGACCCGCUCCUAUAUGAAUGCGAUUGUGCAGAACAAGCACCUCUUCAAGGACAAGGUUGUGCUCGAUGUUGGAUGUGGCACCGGUAUUCUAUCCAUGUUCGCUGUUAAGGCCGGCGCAAAACAUGUCAUUGGCGUCGACAUGUCCACCAUCAUCUUCAAGGCCCGUGAGAUCGUCGAGGUCAACGGCAUGUCCGACAAAAUCACGCUCCUCCAGGGUAAAAUGGAGGAGAUCCACGACCAGAUGCCUUUCAAGAAGGUCGACAUCAUCAUCUCUGAGUGGAUGGGCUAUUUCCUCCUCUACGAGUCCAUGCUCGACACCGUCCUGUACGCCCGCGACAAGUACCUGAACCCGAACGGCCUCAUAUUCCCCGACAAGGCUACCAUUUUUGUUGCUGGUAUCGAGGACGGAGACUACAAGGAUGAGAAGAUUGGCUUCUGGGACAACGUCUACGGAUUCGACUACAGCCCGCUGAAGGCGACCGCCCUGACGGAGCCGCUCGUCGACACGGUCGAGAUGAAGGCUGUGGUGACGGACCCGGCCAGCGUGCUCACGCUCGACCUGUACAAGUGCACGACGGCCGACCUGGCCUACAGCGUGCCCUUCGACCUCAACGCCCGGCGCGACGACUUCGUGCACGCGCUCGUCGCGUGGUUCGACAUCGAGUUCACGGCGUGCCACAAGACGGUCGCCUUCUCCACCGGCCCCCACACAAAGUACACGCACUGGAAGCAAACCGUGCUUUACCUCAAGGACGUCCUGACCGUCCAGCAGGGCGAGACCAUCCGCUCCUCCAUGACCUGCAAGCCCAACGACAAGAACAGGAGGGACCUCGACAUCGAGCUCAGCUACAAGCUCGAGACGACCGACGCCACGCGGGCGGCCGAGGGCAGCUGCACGUACAAGAUGUGCUAA